GUGCAUUCAAUAUGGCUGGCCGAGGUGGUUACGACGAUUCAAGGCAAGUAUCUGCCGCAUUUACGGUUGUGUCACGCAAACGGACAAGUCUCGAAGAAUAGUGCGCUUACGAUGUAUAAGCGAGAUUAUUCUGGUGGUCAUCGUAGUAGAAAACCAUUGCCGACAGAACCUCCGUAUACAGCUUAUGUGGGAAAUUUGCCAAAUGGAAUUGUACAGGGCGACGUUGACAAAAUCUUUGAGAAGCUUAACGUCAAAGUCAUCAGACUGGUUAAAGACAGAGAUACUGACAAAUUUAAAGGCUUCUGUUAUGUCGAAUUUGAGGACUUGGCUGAUCUGGAAGCAGCAUUGGAAAUGGAUGGGGCGGUAGAGGUAGACAAGUGCUUGAUCAAAAUUGAUGUAGCAGAGGGGAAAAGAAACGAUCGAGGCGGUGGCUUCGAUAGGAGAGGUCGCGGCGGUAGCGGUGGAAGCAGUUUUAAAGGACGAGAUUCUGGCCGUGGAUACGGCGAGGACUUUGAUAGUAAAUCCACAUAUUCGAGAUACAGCGAUAGAGGCCAACAUGCAGGCAGCAGGCAAGGUAACGAUAGAUGGGAUUCUAGGAGUAAUAGAGGCAAUUACGGCCAAUUCAAUGAAGAUGGAAAUCGUGAUUGGUCACGAAGUGCAUCUAGCAGAUCGUAUAGUAACAAACCUCCAGUUCGCGGAAGCGGUGGUCCAGAUCGAAAAUCUUAUCAUGAGGAGCUUUAUCAGAAAGAUGCUCCUCCUCCAGAUACGACCGGAAGAAAACGCCUGGAAUUGAAACCGCGAACGGUUAAGGAACCUGUGAACUCGAUGGCAGAAUCGAGUAAAACAAGUUCCAUUUACGGAGGUGCAAAACCUCGAGAAGAAAAAUUGAUGGACAAGUAAAAGUAACGAUAUCGUCAAUAGCCUCAAUUUCUACAAAGAAAUUGGGAGAAGAAACGUUGACAAAAUUUUCGAGAAUCGAUUCAGAACUCCCAAGUAUAGUUUGCUAAAAAUCUAGUAAUGAGAUCUCUUUUCCGAGAAACGCGAGAGAUAGCGUAGAAUGUCGCCUUGUUUUUUUUUUAAAUUUCUUACAAAGAAGUGACCGAUCAUUUACAGAAGAGCGUUGCAAGCAACGGGUAAUAAAUUCGUCACAGUUUUCCCUGAGUUCUGCGCGGGAUUUUCAAUCCGAGGAAAACCAUCUUUCUCCUAAUGUCUUUUGUAUUUAAAUGAAACUUCUCUAUUUGAGGAAAAUAGAAUAUUUGUAACUAUGGAUAUACAUAAGAGAUGUGUAUACACAACGCAUGCUCCAAAAAAUAGCGAUAGCGAUUUAUAUACAUAAACAAUGAUUGUUAAGACGCUACGUUAGCCGAGUACAUUUUAAUACUUCUUGUGUCAACUUAAUGUUGGGUUUUGUGUCUGUAAUAAUAUCGAGGGUAUGUGUACAAACUAUCACAAAAUAUAAGAUAUCACACGGCAUGUAUAUUUCAUCUUUAUGCUGAUAUUACUUAUCUAUACUUGAAACUAGCCGGUGUUAAAGGAAGUACAAAGAGAAGUGGCAACUACACACACAUCGAUUUCGUUUCUCCUUCCAUAGAAUUCUGAUGUUUCACCGUACAAUGCUGAUCAUUAUGUGUCGAUCGAUCAUUUGUUAAAAAGAGAUCAUACGUUAUAAUAAUAGUAUAUAAUAUUGUUUCACAUUAUUACAUGAAUGUUUUUCAUGAAGUAGAAUGAUGAAGGACUGUGAAAUAUAAUACGCGAAUGGUUUAUUAAAUUUCUAUACUACCGGGAGCGAUACAAAGAAACUACGCCGAUUAUUAAUAUUAUUAUCCAUUAAUAAUUACGUAAUUAAUUAACUGUGCUAACACAAUGACGUUGAAGAGUUCAACAAAAACGUCGUGAGAGAAUAGCAGAUAAAAUGAAAAUUUAAAAUAAUAAAUAUUAUGUAAAACGAUGCUUGUAUAUGAUACUAUUUCCUGAAUAAAGUAGCUGUUUUCCUCGUAUCUGUGCAGUGUAUUAGAAUAAGUAAUAUCGAUUAUAUGGAAUGAAAUAAGCGAUAUGUAAUUUGUAAUUGUGAAUAAGCAAUGCAUGUUCAUAAUAUAUUUUGUAAGCUAAUCUAAAUAUAUUACGAAUUCACACAGC